UUAAGUGUUGUAAAUUAUUAUUCCAUUCAUCAUGUAGUGCGAAUAGCUAUUUUCUUCCAACGCCUAGGUACGCUCAGUCUACACCUAGACAAACUAGGCGCUAGGCAAAGGCUCAACGCCCGACUUACGCCUAACACCUUUUUGAACCUUGGGUUUUACUGUAUCAUGUAUUCAUGUUAAAACCAUGUUGGUAGAAAAUUUAACGGUUUAGCAACAUAAAUGGACUUCAAUGUCGUUGGGCUCUGAAAGUGGACUGAAGAUAAAGUUAGCUUACUUGUUGAAGGCCCAUAUCCAGCCCCAAGGGUGAGAAAUUACCAACAAAGUUUACUGCGCAAAGAGGUUUAAUGAAAAUGGCAAAAAAAAAAAAAAAGGUUUAAUGAAAUCCGGAUGGUCGGCAGAUUGCAGGCUUUUGUUCGGUAGGUGAAGGAUAAUUCUAGAACUCUGUGCUCGACCGUCCGAUUGGUCCACUUUUUAUGGUACUAUUAUAUUAAUAAUAACUAGUCAGUCAAAAUAACCAUAGCUCUAAUCGCUUACUCACACUCACCAGUCACCACAGUCCAUAUUCAUUUCCCCAAAACUCCCAGCUCUAUUCGUCUUCUUCAUCCUCAUCCGUGAGAAAAAAAAAAAAAAAAGCCAGGGGGUGUUCUGAGGUAAGCACGCGUCCUUUCUUCCUUCUUUCCUUCCACCGCUUCCAGAUAUCCGAUUCCAGUAACGCUCCUGGUUCCGCUAGUCUGGACGAAUUCUCGUCUCCGAUCGGAGUUUAUUUGCGAUCUAUGUAUUUGAUCUUGGCUUGUCGUUUUCUCUGAUUCUUCUCUCUAUGAAGAUCUGCGUCCCGUCGGUUGGAUUUCUGUUCAAUGCGUUUUCUGUGCGAAUUAUUCGCUCCUGACUUGCUCGAGCGUUGAAUCCAGCGAUUCGGAGCUCGCGCUUCCUGCUUUGUUUGGCUGUGGUUUUGCGGUUGUUCCGUGGUCGUAGAUCGCGAUAUAGUUUACUGAUUGAACACUGCGUUUGGUUCAGGACGAUGCCGAGCGCGAUGUUGAUGUUUUAGUGACUGUAGUUUGUUCUUUCUAAGCUGUAUCAGCUUAGCGGCGUCGUUCUUAUGGCGCUAGAUAUCUUGUAGAGACUGUAGUUUGUGCUUUUAAGAUUUAGCUUGUUGUUCUUGAGUUGUAUUCUUGCCAUGAUAGGCUAGAAAGGGAGAGAGAGAGAGCCCUGAGAAAUGAUGAAGAGCACAUGAUCGAUCGAAUAUCAGUUAAAUGAUUCACGGUAGUUGUUGUAAUCUGCAAUUGGUUGUGGGUCUUCAGAUGCCUGGAUUGCGUAGUUGACUUUUUUUUUUAUAGAUGUGCUUAUAGAUUCGUUGUGGUGAUAUUCUUUUCUAGUCUAAAAUUGUUAUACUGUUUUAUUGCUUGUCCAUUUUAGAUCACAUUAAAGCAAAAUGGUGAAGGCAGUUGUUGUGCUGGGAAACAGUGAUGGUGUUCAGGGGACUGUCUACUUCACCCAGGAAGGCGAUGGUCCUACCACCGUGACAGGAAACAUCUCUGGCCUCAAGCCAGGGCUUCAUGGCUUCCACGUCCAUGCCAUGGGAGAUACAACAAAUGGCUGCAUGUCGACUGGCCCACAUUUCAAUCCUCAUGGCAAAGAACAUGGAGCCCCUGAAGAUGAACACCGCCAUGCUGGUGAUCUUGGAAAUGUUACAGUUGGAGAUGAUGGUACUGCAACUUUCACUAUUGUCGACAAGCAUAUCCCUCUUACCGGUCCACACUCCAUCAUUGGGAGGGCUGUUGUUGUUCAUGCUGAUCCUGAUGACCUUGGAAAGGGUGGACAUGAACUCAGCAAGAGCACUGGCAAUGCUGGUGGAAGAAUUGCCUGCGGCAUUAUCGGGCUGCAAGGUUAAGGCAUUGGCAUCUCUCCUGUUUCCUCGGCUGCUUGAAUAAAUGGGAAAAAUGCUAGAUGAAUGUUUAACGAGUCAAUGUUGAGUGAGUGAUGGUUGAUUUGUGAGGGAUAAGGAAAAGGGAAAAAGAAAGAAUGAGAGAGAACCCUCUUGAAUAAAGAGAACAAGAACGCUACUUUGGUGUACCUUUUUUUUUAUAGCUGGAUUUGUGGUUAAUCGACUUCUAGUUUGAUUGGUCUAUGGACAGUCUCGAAUAUAUUCACCUCCUACACUCUGGAAUGCGAGGUAGCUGCCGAAUGGCAGCCAAAACUGUUAUGCCUUGCUUUAGCAGUGGCGUGAUACUGUUCUAGAGUUUGGGAUCCACCCCACCCUAGAAAACAACGAAACAGUUGUGGGUGGGCGGCAGGUGUUAAGGUGGGUUGUUAGUGGAUUGUCGGUGACCCGACGACCUAAAACUCACUUCCAACUUCCAAGAAAUGAAAGCAGGAAUGCGUAUUUGGGUGGGUUGGGUGGUUUAAUGUGCGUUGAGGGUGAGUUUGUCAGGUGAUACGUUCAGUGCUUAUCAGGGGAGAGUAUCUUCUAUUUUUCAACAUUCUUUAUUGCCUUUCAUCUCUGAUUUGUGUCACUAUUCUAAACGCGUUGCUACGGAUCGGGAAAUUGCCGGAAUCAAUAAAGUAAGAAUACGAAAACGAGAAUUGAAAAAACACAGACACACGAUUUACGUGAUUUAAUAACACGAUGUGUGUUAGCUAGUUCACGGGCAAGAGAGAGAGCCAUUUUCUUUUUCACUAUAUCGAGGAGAUUACAGAUUACAGAUUAGAGAGGAGUAUGAGAAGUAUUUAUAGUAUUUCUCCAUAUGGGUCUAAACCUAAUCCAAUAUGGCAAAGGAAACGGUUACAGACCAGGCCUAGAACCUGAACCUAAAUAACAUUGACCCCAUACACUGCAGGCUAAUCUAGUCGUAGCGACUGAUAGUACGAUUUAAGUCACAUCAAUAUUUACAAACCCCUAAUUAUCUACUUCUCUUCUACUUUUUGGAUGCACCGGUUGCUCUAGUCCUAGGAUGAAACAAUCCAAUUUGGUUAAACCGGACUAAAUUAACUCGAUUUUUUAGUUUUGGUGUUGGGGAUGAUUGAAACUGGAAAUUAGACUACUCCUUAAAAAAAAUAGUAUGGACAAUCAAAAAAUCUUAUUAAGCUCAAGAUGAGUGAUAAAUCAGUCUCCCUCACAAAAGUGUUACAUGUACAAUCAAUCUCCCUCACAGAAGUGUUACAUGUACAUUUCCAAGUGCUUCUUACUAUCAAUGAUUAAACUCUAACCAUAUAGUGACACUUCUACACUGACUUAAUAAAUUAGGGUAAUGUCUAUUUUUUUAUCCAAAUUUUUUUCAGAUCUUUUAUAUUAUUCAAACCUAUUAAAAUGUAUCAAAAUAUUAAUUAGCCAAAUUUUUCGUAAUGCAUCAAAAUAUUAACCAUUUUUACGUUAUCGUUAAUAAUUUUGCAAUUUGAAAACGGAAUGGAAUCAGAAAGCAAGACAGAAUAGGCUCUUACUGCUCUAGAAAUAACUUCCCUCGUCUUCCUCUUUCUCCUUGGGGUGAGUUUCGGGCUUAUGUGGGCCGCCAUCUUACUGCAAAACAUCAUUAAGUUGUUCAUGGGGUCCCGUGUGCCAUCAUAUUUUUCAAACUUCGGCAUUUUUCACUUUUCUGGGAUCACCACAUCCGGUAUUAGCCACAUGGCUGCUGCGCCGGGAGUAAGAACAUUUGCUGAUUCCAGGGCUUUAAACCUGGCUUCAAAUUCUGAGUAUUUAUUGGUGGCAUCGUCACCAUCCUGCUUUUCUUAGUUAAAUUACUAAAAUUUUGCAAUGUUG